UGAAACGGCUGCUCUAACGGAAAUCCUCUGGUGUUGAAAAUCGAAAAUCGCUUAACAGCACACAUACAUACACUGUUAACGCGAAUUUAARCGCACUAAAACAACUGCGAAGUCUCGUUACAAAUUAAACAGAAAAUAUUUCGGUGAAAAUUAAUAAUAUAAAUAUCAAUAGAACUGCAGCCGCGCAGAAAGACCAUCAAACUACGCAAGCCAAAUAGAAGCGCAAACGCGCACACAACAAAAUAAUCUAAGAGCUCACGCUCAAUCUGAUAAUCAGCGCCUAACAAAAUAGACAUCACCAACGGACAGACAGACGGCCAGUGGCUUSUCCGCGACAYCCCGCAUCCACCGCCAGCACCGGCCGCUACGCAGUACGCCAGAGACAGGCUCUGCCGUGUCGACGGACACUUGUUAGGUGCGUUUGUGCAUAAAAAACAACACAACAAAAGUGAAAUUUUACUCAAUGAAUUGUCAACUAGGCAAAACCACAACAACAACAACARCAGCARCAACGGCAAAAAGUCCACUUAAACAGCGGCAAUAAUUUCACGCAUUUGAGUGCAUCAAAUACAUACAUAUAAAUAAUAUCYAUCCAAGCAUAUAAACAAAUAAGUAAAUUUCAGCAAAAGAAAAAUAAUUUCAAACUGAUAGCGAGAGCCAAAAGGAUCCACCACCAAGCGUGUGCUUGCAUGUUUGUAUGCAUGUAUGGCUGGGUGUGUGUGUGCAUAAGUAAGUGCUUGUCGCUUAAUUGAGUGUGAAAAUACAUGCAUAGAGAAAAACAAGUGCGAAAAAAGUGCAAAGUAAAUAAAGAAAUUUGAAAUUUGUUGGAAAAAAGUCUUUACGAAGUGUAAAAGUGCGAAAUUGCUUUGUAAAACAGGACAAUAAAGCGCCGAUAAGCGAAGGAAAAUUGUUUGGAUAUUUGUAUAGUUUAUGAUCCCCUGACAGCAAUGAUUACCGAUCGCAACAAAUUCAAUUUUGUUACGAUAUGCAUUGGUUUAGGCUUCCUGCUCACCAGCACAAGCGUGGCGUCCGCGCAAGCAACGAGCAAUGCGCAGCAGGAGACAAAUCAACAGCAGCAGCUGCAAACGCCUGAGCAAAACCAGCCGGCUAUCGCAACUAUAACAGUAGUGGACAACAACAAGGAUGAGAAGACUAAUGCGAUUUUAAAUGAGCCAAUAAACGAUGUGGCGCWCGCAUUCAGCCCGCGCUUGGAUUACAGCAACGAAUGGCGACCUGUGGGCCGUGGCGACCCACUGAAGAACGAUCCAACAUUUGAUUACAGCCCGCCAACGCUGGAGCAUGUACGCUACUGGGCGGAGACAACCACAAAGGAUGGUGGCAACAGCAAAGAGGAGAACGACAGCRGCAAGCAGGAUAUAARUAGCGUGCGUUUUGCUGCCCACCCCGGCCAGCAGGACAUUCCAAAGUACGGCAUGCCGAAUGAACACUUACGAGGCAGCAAUGGUGUCAUACCUGCAUCKUCGCAUGCACCACAACAACAUGCACAUAUGAACCAACAUGUUGUUAUGCCACACCAGCAUUACCAUCAAUCUCACCAUCCGGGCGCCGUUAAAAAUGCAAAAGGUGAAAUACCACUAGUACAACCGAAAUACACCUCAGUGCGUCGCAGCUAUUAUGCACAACAACCACCGACACGUCUAAUGCCACCACCCAUACAGUUGAACUCACCGCCAAUYAAUACCUUCAAUGUGCCCAUGAAACCCUCGCAAGUGCAUACAGAGUAUCGGCAUAGCAUGUCGGCGGCGCCACCACCGCAUACGUCYACAAUGUCAAGCAUGGGACCAUCCUCGUCAUCGUUGUCGCCGCUCGCAAURCAACACAUGAAGAUGCAGCAUCAGCCAAGCAUGUCUACAACGGCUUCGUCCUCGUCGUGGAUGUAUCAUGCACCGCCUACCAUGCAUCACCAUCAGCAGCAGCCUCAACAUCAUCAGUAUGCCAUGCCCAGCGGUUCGGCAGCUGCCAUUUCAACAGCGGCACAGUCAUCGCGUAUGCCAGUUUCACACAUUUACGACUCACAUCCGCAGGAUUCCCAUUACUACUUCAGCUACGCACGUCCCAGCGCGAAUAGCAUCACUUCGCAUCCGCCGCAAGAGUCUUACUCAGCCAAUUCGGUACGCCAUAGUCCGAACAGUCUAAAGCAAAGCGGCACUGGACGCAAGCCAUGGUUGCAUGAACUYUUACAAAAGGAGGUCGUAAAAACAUCGGCCAAGCCUAAUUAUUCAACGUCCGCCAAUAAGUAUGCUUACGACACUACGAAGCCCAUUUAUGAGCGCAUGCCAUCCACCAAUGCAAUARGCGGUGGUUUCACACCAAUAACACCGAUUACGCACGUCUCAGCGCCUCCAACUGUGGYUACCACGACGACCACAACAACAACURCACCACGUGUGUCAUCAACAGCAUCMCCAAUUGCUAUCACACCCAGCGUUUUCUAUCCAACUAUUGGCCCUACACUGACGCCACAUACCCCCAGCACCACUACGUAUGUCRUUUACACUACACCAACAACAACGACGACACCGCGCAMUACUACGUCGACGACUUCUUCACGCCUACUGAUACCAACCACCAGCAAYUUGGCGUCUCGACCGACUGUGGCACCAAUGCAAAUGACUACCGACUCCUUAUUCUCACACUACAAACAGCCCGAAGCKCCACUCAGAGGCCCUAUGUACCUAAUUAUUGAAGGUCACUCGAAAGUGAAGAAAUAUGGCAAGAAUGGUAUCAAUUUGAAUCUACCGAAAAUAGUGCCGGUCAUACCUAAACGUGAACCCGUCGUGCGUGUAGCGGAACCGGGAGAGGAAAAGCGUGGCACGCCCGAAACCUUCCAUGUAGAACAUCUGCAUGUGAAGACGUCGUCCACGACGACGACGACAACAACAGCAAAGCCUUCAAMGACACCGAAWUCUGUGACRACAGCCAAGCCUUCGACGACCACAACAGCGAAACCUACGAAGGCUGCGCCAAYCAUGAAAUCCACACCAACUACUUCGAAGCCUGUAGUGACCACAAAACCUAAUACAACCGCUAAUUCCGCUAAAUCAACAACGAAACCAGUGACAUCAACGACAACAACAGCACGACCCACAGCAACCACUGUAUCUUCUAAAGUCAUCAGCACAACAGCCGCARCAGUUACAACAAAAGCAACUACAAAAAGUACUGUUAAGUCUGAAGAUUUCCAGGCAACAUCAACGCCAGCUGUUGCAAAGCUUACACAAAGUGAGCCACUGCUAAAGCUCGAGCUGCCUAAUGAGCCACCAMCUGGCAUGUCGGGAUUACUCAGCCUACUUGACUCCUCGCUAGGCGGACUAUUUGCCGAGCAGCCAUUAGAUUCAAUUGAAAUGCCUGCGUCCCCAAUGCAAGCAAAACAAACGGCAUCCACGAAACUUGCGGUGAUGAACUCACCAAACACUGUUUUGAAGGCAGUCAACACUGCCACUCCCGCGACAAUUGCCGCACAAUCUGCAGUAGUACCUGUCGUACCAGAUGCACGCAUUGGCACUAACGCCGCCGACACCUUCGCUUCGGGGUCGGCAGAGUUUAGCUUCACCACAGAUAUGCCGCCGCGUGAGGUGCGCCAAGUAUUCGAUUAUGAUCAGCGCCCGGAAUCACGUCUUAAGGAUUUCGUAAUUGAACGUUUCGAUGGCGACGCAACAGACGAUGAGGGAGCGUCGUCAGCUUUCUACGAUGAUGAAUUCGAGGAGUAUGAAGAAGAGGACGCAAACAAUAGUGCAAAUGGCGAUCUGCCAAUUAAGCGCAUGGAUCGAUUUGUCGAUGGCGAAGAGGGUGAGUUUGUGGGCGAUUACGAGGAUGUGGAUUUGGAGGAGUUGGGUAUGAGUGAUGUGGCACCAUCGUCAAUACUUGUGCGCACACAAGCGAAAAUGGCGUAGACGUGUACGCCAUACGCCAAGGGCGCUUAAAUACACGCCGCUACAGCUAAUGCGAAAAUGCUGAACUCUUAACCUUUCGAUGAGACCAAGACUACUCGCAUGCAUUCGCGUAACUUUGUAGACGCCGUUGUCGCUGUUCGGCGCAGCAUUUCAGUCAUUCAGACGUACAGUCAAACCAUUUCAAUAUGUAUGUAAUAUGCAAAAAUUCAGUUGCAAUUUGGAAUUUUUACGCUCUACGUACUGGUCUACACCAAAUCUAUUUUUUAAACUUGUAUUUUAGACACAACUUUUUACUAAGCAUCUUCGUUUGCUUUACUCCGAGUAAAUUUUAGUGUAUGUACAUAACACAGCUUUAUUUAUGUAUUUUGUAUUGUAUUUAUUUAUUUGUGGCAAAGACGUACUCACUUACUACGCUUAAGUUUCGUCGCGAUUAUUUUGUGACUCAAUAUUAAUUUAUUUAAAUGUCUGUUUAGAUUUUAAGCUGAUUUAUUUUGUAUUCUAUGCUGUCAUCUUUAAUUUAUAAGGUUUUCAAAAA